AUGUCUGACAUUAAGUCAAAGUUAGAGAAACUUAGACCAAAACGUCAAGUGAUCAUAGGUCAAUUAGGAAGAGCUAAGGAUUUUGUGUUGAACCGCGCUGCAACAGCACUAAUCGCUGAACUCGAGACUCGUUUGGAAUAUCUUGAAUCUACCAAAAUUAAUUUCGAAAGCGUUCAAACUAAAAUUGACAAUGCCAGGCAUCCAUCAGAGUCAUCACCUUCGAAUCUUACAGUACUUGACACAACGAUUGGAGGCACACCAAUCAGCCUUCCAAAGAUUCCUACACCUAACUUUUCAGGCGAUUACAUUAAUUGGACAUCAUUUUAUCAGACAUUCUUCGCAUUAGUUCACAACAAUCCUGCCUUGAAUAAUGUCACAAGAUUUCACUACUUACGCUCAGCGCUUAGAGAAAAGGCACUCAGCUGCAUUCGCGCUCUAGAGGUUACAGAAACCAAUUAUGAAGCCGCACUCGAAACUCUCAUUUCUCGAUAUAAUAAAAAGCAAGUCAUAGCUCAUGAUCAUCUUAAAAAACUAUUUAAUUUCCCACAAGUUCCACGAAAUUCCGCAACUUAA